GUAACCAUAAUGGUGGUCGAGUAGAUCAUGUUGUGCGGGGUGGAGAACCUUAGCUCCGCGCAAGGGGGAUAAUCGCACCACGUUGUGUUAAAAUGGUCAAGCAUCCUCGAGGCAGUUACACAAUGCUUACAACUGUCUCUGGAAGUGAAAGCACCAGAAAAUAAAUUAAGUCAUAUGCAGCUGUCAUCCGUACGCAAGGAAGUAAGCACAAGAUGCCGAACACCCUUAGCAGGAUGCAGCUCACCCUUCAUGCGACUCGCCAGAUACCUCACGGCGCUUCGCGCUUGGUGAUGUGAGAGCCUGGUCCGGUGAGAACCCGGCGUGCUCCGUCCCGGCUUUGUAGGGAUGCGAGGUCAAUGGUCUAACGACUACGGCAUGGCUACCGGUCCACCGAGCACGUGCCGCUCCACUUCACGACGCCGACCGCCCGCGAGAAGCCCCGCAAGAAGGGCGUCUUGGUGA